AAUACUCUUCUACCGGUUUCCAACGCCAGCGAUAACUGUUUUUGAUGGGUCUGGGCCUCUGGCUAGUUCAUCUUUAUAACAAAGCUUUUAUUAUUCCUAAUUCAGCACAAAACAAAAAGCAUAUAUAUAAAGUGGGCAUUUAGAAGACAGAAAGAGAAAGUGCCUCCAAUUCAAAGCCUGUGGAUGGUUAUGUUUGUGGUAUAUAAUUGAGCUUUUCCUUCUACUUCUCUUUGUACUUCGAGUUUUUUUCCCCUUCUUUCUCUUCUCUAUCAUCCUUUGAUUGCAGGGUCCAACAUAUUUUGGAUCAGUUUCACGCUAGGUGAUUCUUUUUGUAUUUUUGUAUUGAAUUCAUUCAUUUGAUCUUGUUGGUUAUGGUUAUGACCAUAGAGAUAUUUUAAUUAAAAUAUAGAAUUGUUGUUGGUAUUGUUUGAAGUAUUUCAUCAAUACAAAAAAGCCAUAGACAGAUAAUUUUUAAGUUAUACAUAUUUUCUAUUAUUAUUUACUGGCUUCAACUUAGAUACCCAUCAUAGAUAAAAGAAUUAUUAGAGAAUUUUCUUUGUUUGUCACUCUAAUAUGAAGGGCUCAAAUAAUCAAUGCCCAUUAAACUCUGUUUCCAAGCUUUUCAAUGCUCAACUUUACUUUGUUCAGUUUCUCACCUAUAUCCUCAUCUUGGGCUUUGGUGUAACCCUUGGGAUCAUCAUCAGUUUUUAUGUAAAAGACUGCACCUUUAGCCUACAAUUCACUCAGUUGUCACUCUCUACCUUGCCCCGAACGCAACCCUUGCCACCACCAAUUACCAAGCCUGAAAUAUCUAAUAAUCAAAGUAGUCAUGUUGGGUUGAAGGAAUUCCUUGAGCCUCCUAAUGUUAUGCAUGAUAUGGAUGAUGAGGAAUUGCUUUGGAGAGCUUCAAUGACUGCAAAGAUCCCUGAUUACCCGUUUGAUCGAGUUCCCAAGGUUGCCUUUAUGUUCUUGACAAGGGGUCCUGUGUUUUUGGCACCUUUGUGGGAGAAAUUCUUCGAGGGGCAUGAAGGGUAUUACUCAAUUUACGUGCAUUCCAAUCCUUCAUACAAUGGAUCACACCCCGAGAGUCCAGUGUUUCAUGGUCGGAGAAUUCCCAGCAAGGAAGUGCAAUGGGGUAAUGUCAACAUGAUCGAAGCUGAGCGUCGGUUGCUAGGCAAUGCACUACUGGAUAUUUCAAACCAACGAUUUGUUCUCUUAUCAGAAUCCUGCAUACCACUCUUCAACUUCUCAACAAUCUACUCUUACUUGAUGAACUCUACUCAAAACUAUGUGAUGGCUUUUGAUGAGCCUAGUGCUGUUGGUCGUGGCCGCUACAGCAUUCAAAUGUUGCCUGAUAUCUCUCUCAAGCAAUGGAGAAAAGGGUCCCAAUGGUUUGAAAUGGACAGAGGGCUUGCAGUUGAAGUAGUAUCUGACAAAAAAUACUUCCCAGUUUUUCAAGAAUACUGCAAAGGUUCAUGUUACGCAGAUGAACAUUACUUGCCAACGUUUGUGAGCAUCAAGUUUUGGGAGGGGAAUUCGAAUAGGAGUUUGACUUGGGUUGACUGGUCAAAGGGUGGUCCACACCCAGCUAAAUUUUUGAGAUCUGACAUUACUGUUAAGUUCUUGGAGAGUUUGAGGAACAAGAAAUGCAAGUAUAACGGAAGCAGCAACAAUAUUUGUUUUCUUUUUGCUAGGAAGUUCUCGCCUAGUGCUCUGUCGAGGCUCACUAGGAUUGCACCCGAGGUUAUGCAUUUCUAAUUCUAUUAUUAUAGGCACAAAAACAGAGAAAAGUUAUCACUAUAACCAAUUAUUUAUUUAAUUCAUUCUUUUUAUCUUGUAAUUUCAUCAAUACAGAAUGAGUUUUAGUAUUGGGUGGGUUAUAUAUCUAUCUCACUAACGAAAAGCUCUUGAAUCCAAAACCAUCAAGCUGUUG